AUGUCCGAAUCAAUUCCCAAAACUCAAACAGUCGCCCUGGUGCGAACACUCGGUGGCGCCGUCGAGUUUGUGGAUGACUACCCCGUCCCAACGCUUGGUAACAACGAGGUUCUGGCCAAAGUGCUCUACACAGGAGUCUGCCAAAGCGACUUGCACACGAAAUGUGGCACAGCUGCAGGCCACGACGGCACUCCAAUCACAAACAUCAAGCUACCCCACGUCGGCGGACACGAAGGAGUCGGGCGUAUCAUUUCAAUCGGACCGAAUUGCGGCGAAGGGAUCAAGCUAGGCGGUUUGGUUGGGAUUCGAUUUCUGAGCCGCGUUUGUCGUCGAUGCGAGUUCUGUCUGGCGGGCAACGAGCAGUACUGCAUAAAGAGCACUAACCAUCUUCAUCACGAGGAUGGAAGUUUUCAAGAAUAUAUUGCCUUGGAUGCGGACAACUUGACCAUCCUGCCCGACGACAUUGAUCCGAAGCUGAUAGGGCCUGUUUUGUGUGCUGGCGUGACAGCGUACAAGGCUGUCUUGAAUGCUAAUUUCAAAGUUGGCGAGUGGGUGGUGGUUGUUGGUGCCGGUGGGGGUUUGGGACAUCUUGCAGUUCAAUACGCACGAGCUCGCGGAGCAUCUGUUAUUGCAGUGGACAGCGGAAAAGACAAGCGCGAAUACUUGCUCUCCGUAGGAGCCAAAGAGUUUGUCGACUUUGCACUAGUCCCCGAUGUUAUCCAGGGAGUACACAAGAUCACCAACGGGGGUGCCUCGGCCGUUAUUGUCGCAGCUGGCAAUCCCAAGGCGUUUGCCCAUGCGGCCGAAAUGCUUCGAGUUGGCGGAACACUCAGCUGUAUCGGCAUUCCGCCCGGUCGGCCAUUCCUUGAAACCCCCAUUUCGACUAUAGUCAUCAAAGGCCUCAAAAUCACUGGAAACCUGAUCGGCUCACUGAAGGAGUGCAUGGAAGCCGUCGAGUUGACCCGCCGUGGCAUCGUAAUGCCAAAGGUGCAGGUCAGGCCGUUCCGGGAACUGACUGCAGUAUAUGAGCUGCUUGAGAGGGGCGACAUUCCCGGCCGAAUUGUGCUGCAGGUAGCUCAAGAUGCAUGA